AUGAUCUCGACCACGUUCGUAUCCUAUAGCGAAGUACGUGGGAAUAGGCGGAGAGAAACAGACGACGGCGCGAAAGACGACAUCGCCGCUAACGAGGAUGCUCGCCCGGACGAAUGUGAUUGGCACAGUGAACAAUGUGAGAAGGCGCGAAACCCUACGCCAGCCUCGAGGUUCGUGGAGCUAGAAGAGCUAGGCAGUGCGUGCCAGAGCACUGCAGCGGUUUUUCAGGAGGAGAUGUACUUGGAGAAGCUUGCAAAGAAUGCGACACAGCCUAACGGAAGAGCCUAG